AAGGCCAUAGAAAUCAGCACGUCAAUGGAAAUGGCCGCAAAAGAGGCACAACAACUAAGUGCUUCCACCUAAGUACACAAACUGUAUGCUGAUUCGAAGAACAAGUCAAACUCAGAUAAGCCAUGUUACCGCUGUGGAAAAGUGGGGCAUCAGCCUGGAGAUUGUUGGUGCAAGGACAUGAACUGUAGAAAUUGUGGCAAGAAAGGUCACAUUGAACGCGCCUGCAAAAACAAAAAGACACAACCAAUUAAAAAUGCUGGACCUAAAAAGAAAAAUUACCAUAAAUUUAAACAAAAGCAUGUGAACCAAAUGGAAAGUGCCCAUCACACACAGAGUGAUUCGGGAUCUGCGGAAGAGGAUGUGUUAUGCGUUUUAUCUGUUUCAGGAGCUGAACAGGGCUACUGGGUGACUCCUCUUCUAAAUGGGAAACCAGUACGGAUGCAGGUGGACACAGGAGCUGCGGUAUCACUGGUGUCAGUGACAACAUUGAAAGAAACAUUGCCGCAUCUCACACCUCAGCCAUCCAACAUUACACUAAAGACCUACACAGGUGAGAUAGUUCCUGUUAAAGGGGUAAUUGAGGUGACAGUUGAACUAAAUAGGCAGAAGAAGAAACUAUUGCUGUAUGUUAUCGAAGGCAAUCACCCAGCUUUGCUUGGAAGGACUGGAAAGGAUGAAGCUGGAUUGGCAAGAGGUCCAUCUGGUCAGCGAAAACACAAAACUCCAAGGGAUUCUAAAUAAGUAUUCGGAUGUGUUCAGUGACGAACUAGGAAGUAUGAAGGAUAUUGCAGUAAAACUGACGACGAAACCAGGCAGUCAACCAAAGUGUUUGAAAAACAGACCGGUGGUGUAUGCCAUUAAACCCAAGGUUGAAGCUGAAUUAGAGAGACUAGUAAAGGCUGGAGUUCUGCGACCAGUACGCACAAGUGAGUGGGCGACACCAAUUGUGCCGGUCUUAAAAAAAGACGGGUCCCUUCGUCUUUGUGGAGAUUUUAAGGUCACCAUAAAUCCGGUUCUGACCCCAGAGCAGUAUCCCCUGCCUCUUAUUGAGGAUCUUUUUUCCAAUCUCGCUGGGGGCCAACAGUUCAGUAAAAUAGAUUUGUGCCAGGCAUACUUGCAAAUGCACGUGGACCCAAAUUCACAAGAACUUCUGACCAUUGUGACCCAUAAGGGGAUGUAUCAAUAUCAGAGGCUUCCUUUUGGGAUUACCUCGGCACCAGCUCUGUUUCAAAGUGCAAUGGAUCAGAUUCUCAGUGGGCUCAACGGGGUGCAGUGUUAUCUUGAUGAUUUGCUGAUCACCGGAAAGGAUGAGCAAGAGCAUUUGAGUAACCUUGAAGCCACCUUGCAGAGACUGCAGAAUUUUGGACUGAGGGUCAGGAAGGACAAGUGUGAGUUUUUCUGCCCUUCAGUUGAAUAUUUGGGCCAUGUGAUUGAUAGUUCUGGACUUCACAAGGCACCCUCAAAGGUGAAGGCGAUAGUGGAAGCGCCAGCUCCGCAAAACGUGAGUCAUCUUCGGUCUUUUUUAGGCCUGUUGACAUAUUAUGCGAAAUUUGUGCCAAAUCUAGCUAACAGGCUGAAACCGUUGCAUGACCUACUGAACAAAUCCAAAAAGUGGGAAUGGACCAAACAAUGUGAAGAAUCCUUCAAUGAAGUAAAAACAGCCUUAGCCCAGUCUGAAGCUCUCACUCAUUUCAACCCUGCUCUGCCAGUGCAGUUGGCAUGUGACGCAUCGCCCUAUGGCGUGAGGGCGGUGGUGUCACACAUCAUGCCAUCGGGUGAGGAAAAACCCAUCGCUUUUGCGUCACGAACUUUGAGUAAGGCAGAAUGUAACUAUGCCCAAAUCGAGCGUGAGGCACUCGCUAUUGUGUUUGGGGUGAAGAAAUUUCAUCAGUUCUUAUUCGGAAGACGAUUUACGCUUCUAACUGAUCACAGACCUCUCACCUCCAUCUUCGGCCCACAUUCAGGUAUCCCUUCACUUGCAGCUGCAAGAAUGCAGCGGUGGGCCCUUCUUCUGUCUGCACAUCAGUAUGAGAUAAAAUACAGAAGAUCGGAACAUCAUGCUAAUGCUGAUGGGCUCUCCCGACUUCCGUUGCCCACUUCACACCCAGAACCAGCAAAGGCAGAAAUUUUCUACUUCAAAGAGGUGGACAAUUCCCCUGUAACGGCAGCUCAGGUAAAAAGGCACACACGUACUGACCCAGUGAUGUCCAAGGUUUUGGAUCUUGUGCUCAGAGGGGAAGUAGGAGAAAUGUCACCGCUCCUAAGGCCUUAUGUAACCAGGAGAAAUGAGCUAACAGUAGAAUCUGGAUGUCUACUAUGGGGCUCCAGGGUCAUUAUUCCACCACCUUUGAGACAACAAAUACUGGAGGAACUUCAUUCGGGACACUGUGGAGUAGUUAGGAUGAAGGAAAUCGCCCGUAGCUACCUUUGGUGGCCAGGUGUGGACUUGGAGAUUGAGGAUAAAGCAAAAACAUGCAGUGCAUGUCAAAAGCUGAGAAAUACUCCUCAAUCAGCCCCGUUACACCCCUGGCAAUGGCCUGAGAAACCGUGGAUGAAAUCAUAUUGAUCAUAUUGAUCAAUAUGAUAUCAUAUUGAUUUUGCAGGGCCAUUGGAAGACCAUAUGUUUUUAGUUGUUCUUGAUGCCCACAGCAAAUGGCCAGAGGUUGAAGUAAUGAAAGGCACAUCAUCAUUGAAAACUGUGGAAGCCCUUCGUUCAAUUUUUGGUCGUUUUGGCCUGCCACAGCAACUUGUCAGUGACAAUGGGCCUCAGCUGGUCUCGGAGGAGUUUGAAGCUUUCAUGAAGGUCAACGGGAUUCAGCACAUUCGAUCAGCACCUUAUCACCCGUCAACUAAUGGUCUUGCUGAGCGGUUUGUCCAGACAAUGAAGCAGGCUCUCAAGUCAACCCAGGGUAAAGGAUCACUGAAUCAGCACCUCAACACUUUUCUACUUUCCUAUAGAAACACCCCCCAUGCCACCACUAAAGUAUUUCCUGCCACCGCUAUGUUCAAAAGACAACUUCGCACUCGUCUGGAUUUGUUGAAACCCCUGAAAACAAAACAGACUGUUCAAGCACAACAAAACCUUCAGAUGGAACGAUGUCUAAAAGCAAAACAUUGUUGUUUCAGACCGGGAGACAAAGUGCUAGCUCGUAACUAUGGGAAAGGUGUCAAAUGGCUACCAGCAGUAGUGA